AUGGUAUGGAAUGGCAGCAGGUCGGAUGGGGUGACAACUUACAAACUCCACCGACAAAAGUCAACAAAGCACCAAGAGUCAAUAGGUUACGGGCUUGAAAUGGCUUUCUAGUACGCUGCAAGGCAGGAGUAAAUCCAUAGCCCUUGGAAGUAGUAUAUAGUUUUUCUCUUGAAUUGGCAGCCAUUGUUGGGUGGACGGACGGACGGACAGUGCAGGGCAGUCUUUGUGGUUUCAUUUUUCGAAAUUCGUGACUGGCUUUUCCGUUGGCAAACUUUUUUUCUUUCCUUGCAGCGUCAACAUUUUUCUUUCACAACUCAACCUUCUUAUCGCCACUUUGAACGUUUUGCCAUAAUGUCUGCCCCCGUGAACCCCAAGGCUUUCCCUCUCGCUGAUGCUAGCUUGACCAACACCAUUUUGGAUCUUGUUCAACAGGCAUCCCACUACAAGCAACUCAAGAAGGGUGCUAACGAAGCCACCAAGACUCUUAACAGAGGUAUCUCUGAGUUCAUUGUCAUGACUGCUGACACCGAGCCUAUUGAAAUCCUUCUUCACUUGCCCUUGUUGUGCGAAGACAAGAACGUCCCCUACGUUUUCAUUCCUUCCAAGACUGCUCUUGGUCGUGCCUGCGGUGUCUCCCGCCCCGUUAUUGCUUGCUCUGUCACCACUAACGAAGCUUCAGACCUCAAGCCUCAGAUUUUGACUCUUAAGACUCAAAUCGAGAAGUUGUUGAUCUAAGUUAACAGCUGAUGAAACCAAAAGGUUUCCAACGGUUUUCAUUUUUUUGAAUGCUGGAA